GAGAGGAGUGAGCAUCCAUCCCUCCAUCCAUCCCUCCAUCCAUCCGUGCUCGUGUCCGUGCUGCGCGUCACAGUCGGGACCAGCUUCACCAGAGGACGGAUUUUCAGCCGAACCCGCCGCCAUGACCAAAGAAGAGAACCUGGAGGUGCAGGAGAAGGAGCGGCACGACCGCGAGGAGACGGAGGAGACGGAGGAGACGGAGGAGGGGAAGACCCAGAAGGAGGAGGAGGAGGUGCUGACGGAGGAGGAGGAGGAAGAGGAGGAAGAGGAGGAGGAGGAGGAGGAAGGGCAGGAGAGGCUGGAGGAGGACGAAGAGGACGAGCAGGAAGAAGAGCGGGAGGAGCGGGAGGAGCAGGAGGAGGAGGACGACCCCCCCGCAGACCUGGACCCGGAGCCACUGUCCGUGUCCGAGUACCAGAGUCCGGUUCAGGAGCCGCGGCGCCGGCCCAUGGUGCACCCCUCGGCCCAGGCGCCGCUGCCCAAGGACUACGCGUUCACCUUCUUCGACCCCAACGACCCGGCCUGCCUGGAGAUCCUGCUGGACCCGCGGACCACCGUCCCCGAGCUGUUUGCUGUCAUCCGCCAAUGGGUGCCGCAGGUGCAGCACAAGAUCGACCUCAUCGGCAACGAGAUCCUGAGGCGCGGUUGCCAUGUCAACGACCGCGACGGCCUGACCGACAUGACGCUGCUGCACUACAGCUGCAAGGCCGGCGCCCACGGAGUCGGAGACCCGGCGGCGGCGCUGCGCCUCAGCAGCCAGCUGAUGUCUCUGGGCGCCGACGUGAGCCUCAGGAGUCGCUGGACCAACAUGAACGCGCUGCACUACGCCGCCUACUUCGACGUCCCGGAGCUGAUCCGGGUUCUGCUGAAGGAGUCCAAACCCAGAGUGCUGAACUCCACCUGCAGCGACUUCCACCACGGCACCGCCCUGCACAUCGCCGCCUCCAACCUCUGCCUGGGCGCCGUCAAGUGCCUGCUGGAGCACGGAGCCAACCCCAUCGUCCGGAACGAGAAGGGCCAGGUCCCGGGAGAGGUGGUGCCCGACCCCAUGGACAUGAGCCUGGACAAGGCGGAGGCCGCCAUGGUGGCCAAGGAGCUGAAGCAGCUGCUGCUGGACGCCGUGCCGCUGAGCUGCAACCUGCCACGCGCCACACUGCCCAACUACGACAACAUCCCCGGGAACCUGAUGCUGAGCUCGCUGGGGCUGAAGCUGGGCGAGCGGGUGGUGCUGGACGACCUGAAGGUGGGUGCCCGGGUCGGUGGUCGCCGUGGUGACCCCAACAGCUCUGCCGUUGCCGCGGUAGCUUCACCAGCUCUCUCCUCCCAGGCCGGGACGCUGAGGUUCUGCGGAACCACGGAGUUCGCCAGCGGCCAGUGGGUCGGAGUGGAGCUGGACGAACCGGAGGGAAAGAACGACGGCAGCGUCGGAGGAGUCCGCUACUUCAUCUGCCCCCCCAAGCUGGGGAUCUUUGCUCCUGUCUCCAAGAUCUCCAAGGCCGUAGAGCAGGCGCCGUCCUCCGUCACCUCCACCCCCCGGACGCCUCGCAGGGACCUGGCCUCCCGCCUCACCGGCAAAACCAAGAAGGACAAAGAGAAGAAGGAGAAGAAGCGAGAGAAAGCCCAGAGGAAGAAGUCCUCGGCUGCUGGUCUGGACCCGGAGGGAACCAACGUGGAGGUCGGGGACCAGGUUCUGGUGGCCGGCCAGAAAAACGGCACCGUCCGCUUCUACGGCAAGACCGACUUCGCUCCAGGUUACUGGUUCGGGGUGGAGCUGGACCAGCCCACGGGAAAACACGACGGCUCAGUGUUCGGGGUCCGGUACUUCAGCUGCCUGCCCAAAUACGGCGUGUUUGCUCCGCCCUCCCGCGUCCAGAGAAUCGGAGGCCCUAAAGACGGCUCCCAGAAGGACACGUCCAUGGUGAAGAAAGUCCACCAGGUCACCAUGGCGCAGCCCAAGCGCAACUUCAACACGAUGAGAUCCCCCAAAGACCUGACAUCCGAGAGCUCCAUAUCCAGGUUGCUGUUCUGCUGCUGGUUUCCCUGGAUGCUUCGGGCCGAGAUGCAGUCCUAACUCCGCCCCCCUGCCCUCCUCCACUGGAUCCAUCUCUCUGCUCCACCUUCUCUCCGUCGUUGACCUUUGCCCCCCUGGACUUUCACCGUUGUCGGUCAACCCCCCCAACCCCCUCCGAUCUCAGUCCAAAACCCUCCUGAUUUAGUUGUUCUAUAGCAAAAUCUAUAGUGCCUUGUGUCUGACUACAGGUCCAACGAGAAUCCCGCUCUGCUAAAGGCUAAAGCGAACCCCUCGAGAUCAGACACAUCACGCCGCCGCGACCUCGCCGCGGCCUUGCCGCGACCCGGUCCUCGUUCACGCUGUACCUUUAUCUGCCGUUCAGGUUCCAGCCUCCGUUUGUGCUGCUUCACGUUUUUGCUCCGUUGCUGCCGGUUCUGGGUCUCAGCGGAGACGUUGGCCGCAGUUGUGCGCCGUUGUGCGCCAUUGGGCGCCGUUGGGCGCCAUUGUGCGCCGUUGGGCUCCAUUGGUGCCGUUGGGCGCUGUUGGGCGCCAUUGUGCGCCGUUGGGCUCCAUUGGUGCCGUUGGGCGCUGUUGGGCGCCAUUGUGCGCCGUUGUGCGCCGUUGGGCGCCAUUGUGCGCCGUUGGGCUCCAUUGGUGCCGUUGGGCGCUGUUGGGCGCCAUUGUGCGCCGUUGGGCUCCAUUGGUGCCGUUUGGUGCCGUUGGGUGCCAUUUUGCGCUGUUGGGCGCCGAUGGGCGCCGGGUCUCUAAAGACCAGCGAACCACCAGACCAGCCUGAGCGGACGGUGAGUUGGGGUUUCUGGUCUCCGAUCCGGCUGAGACCCAGAACUCGCCUCGUAGUUAGAUUUAAACAGCAUGUAUCAUGUUUUAUUCUUAAUAAUAAUAAUAAUAAUAAUCUGAGCGGCGGGUGAGUGGCGUUCAUCACCUGCAUGCUUUAAUCUGUGAAGCGGAAACAGGGUUUUUAUCUCAUAACUCCGACUUUAGCGGCAUAAACGGUUUUUUGUUCUCUGUGAAACACCAGAUCUGUCUUUAGUAGAUGAAGAGCGUUAUAGCAACUUUUAGAGUAACAUUAUUUAUCAGUGUCUUGCCAAAUGAAAACAGUACUCUGUAUACUAAAGAGUUGUAUGUUUUAGAUUUUUUUAAAGUGUUGCCAUCGUUAGAUGUUGUUUGUGUUGUUGUGUCGCUACUACGACAUCUAAGACAUCUAAGACAACGUUUUAACCAACCUUCAGGAUAUUAAAUCCCCCCCAGAAGGCUCCUCCCCUCCUCUUCCUCCUCCUCCUCCCACUUCUGUACCUUUUGUGGAGCAUUUGCGCAAAGACAAAAACACAAACAUGAGUUAAAGCUACGUGUGCGCUUUGUGUGUAAAAUCUUGCUCCACGUUAGCGCUUAACUGGCGCCGGCGCUUUGUAGAAGGUGUACGUAUCCCUGUGUGGACUCAGUUCCUGUGUUGAUGUCUGUUUCUGACCCGUGCAAACGGUCCAACGGUUGGGUCGUGCCUCGCCGUCCGGUUGACAAGACGUUUCAGUGUCGGCGAGUGCGAAAGGCUUCGUGACCCGCUAAACAAAAGCCAACCCGUGUCCCCGUUCUGGGUAAAAACCAGGGUCAAGAACUGAUUCAUUGCUGUGAUAUUUGGCCAUUUUGUACGAGAUUCUGUCGUUUGACAAGAUGACAUCAUCGAAUAAAGGAGGGACAUCUGUGAACAAGGAAUCUCAGACGCCUUCAGAAUACCUUCCUUGCGUUAAGUCUUCAAAACAUAACACGAAAUAUUCAAAUCCCACUAAUGCAAGUUUAUGUAGCAUUACCACUUUUGGCCACAUGGAGGCGUAUAGGCCUGCUAUGCUAACGAGAGAGUAUAUUGUGCUAAUGGGUGGAGACUAUCCGGCAUGUGACGUAGUACCACGUUGUCCCACUUUCUCAUGAUUUGGUGCCCCCAUGUGGCCAGAAGUGGUAAUGCUACACAGACUAGCUUGUAGGUAGACAACCAGGACUGUGUUCCGAUGAUUCACAGAUGGCGUCAAAAGUGACUAUUGCUGCUUUUGUGAUGAGUCAUAAGUUAGAUGGCGAGGUUUAUUUUGGAAGCUCGACUUGAGAUCUAGAAACCACCCGCCUCUGAAUAUUGAGGAAAAAUAAUCAGAGAAAAAACAGAAAAUGCCUCUUGGCAGCGUUGCUGGGAUUCAGAACCUUUUGGCAGAGCUUUUAUUCGCAGUGCUCUGCAGCCUUGGCUAGCAGGAACUCUUCAAACACAAAAAACUUUAAUAAAAGGGAAUAAAACCUUGCAACAGUAGACUUUUAAAAUCUCUGAUGUGACAAUACGCAGACGACUCAGUGCUUUACCUGCCAUUAUCUAAGCUUCUUUCUGUCUCCUCCCAGAGCCUCGUCCACAUGUUGUAGUUCAUACCUCUUUAUAUUUCCCCAGCAAAUGUGCUUCUGCCAAUACCGCUGUCGUAGCACGCUGGAGCUAAUGCUAAUGCUAACACUAAAGCUCCACAGGGUCGCUAUCGUUUGACGUUAAUCUUAGUGGGCAACAGUGACGGUGGACGCUUGUACAGUUGAUCCAGUUUACUGUGUACAUGUGGAGCUUUUCUCCGAUAAACGGUCACAUAAGCUUCUCGAGGUAAAUAUUUAAUGUUUUAUUUGCUGCAUUUCCGGGCCGGUACCGCCGGUUUUACGCCGGGUUCGUUCUGCAGCUAUGGACCGUGCAAACUUUUAGAGUAUUUUAUCGUGUUUUUAAAGCCGUGUCCUUACUUUAAGGCAGCCAAGAAGGACCUGGUUGUACAUGCAGGCCUGUCUCACGCCUGGGAACUGGUACCAGAACCAGUAUGUGGGUCCCAUAUGAGUUCAAGGCGUGUUUUCAAGGGGUUCCUUAACAGCCAUGCCUCUGUUUUUAACGUGGACUCUGAACCGGAUCUACUUUGAGGUGGGUCAGGGUGUCACCAGACCCUCCCUGUGCCCGUUUAGUCCUCUUGCAACCCGCCUAUCCCACACAUCUCACGCCUUUUACCCACGUUGAGGCCAUUUUUAAUGCAUUAGCGACCCGAUUGGACGUGCUGGCGGGAAAGUCUCGGAGUUCGAAGUAUCUGCAAGUCUUUUUACGGAGGAGGAAUCGACCUCGCGGCCCCACUCUGCUGUCACGCAUCACUUCAACGAAUCUGCAGGUCAUUUAAAUUCCGUUUCAGAGGCCAAGGCUGCUACCCACAAUGCAUUGCUUGUAUGGCUCCGUAUGGCCCGGUUCCAGGUUCUGGUAACCCAAGUCUAGAGCAGGGAGCUGGAUACGAGGAGGGUGACGGAUGAGUUGGGACCUCCGGAGCUGAAACAGCUCCGGAGGUCCGGCCCCUCUUGAUCAGCGGGAUCAUUUUUUACAGAUUUUAACUGAGAUUUUAACCGAACCGACGGCGAAGCUGCUGCCUGAAAGGAAGGAAUCAACUCGGCCGCCGGACUCGUAACGUUUGUGCGGUGUGUAGCUCACGGAGUGGAGUCCAUCCAGAACCGGCGGUGCGGCUAGCGCAGCGCCGGUCGUCCCCCCCCCACCCCGAGUCUGAAGGGUCUGCGGUGUAAAGCCUAUAUUUUGAUAACUUCACUAAGUGUACUUUUCGUUCUCUGGUUUUGUAGUGUGUGUGUGUGUGUGUGUGUGUGUGUGUGUGUGUGCGUGCGUGUGUGUGUGUGUGUGUGCGUGCGUGCGUGUGUGUUGUCACGGUUCCCGCCCGUUUUAAAAGUGCGUUGAAAGCGGAUGCCGACGUGGAAACGGGGGAAGGAACCCGGACGUCGUCCUCCGCCCCGAUACUCCCUGCAUGCUCCGUCUGUAGCCGCUCAGUAUUUCCUGGUUCCCAGUUCCCGGUUCUCGGUGUAUCUACUUCUCAUCAGCAUGGAAAUGCUUCUACUAACAGUGACGAGUCCAUGAACAUAAUAAAGAGUUUGAUGUUUUCCUA